CUCAACCGGCCAAUUGCAGUCGGUCUCGGAGUCCUUGGCUGCGGACGAGACAGCUCCCGGCGGACGAUGGCGAGAGUGUAUCGAGGAGUGGGCGAUAUAUGUAGCUGUGCGCCCCGGCGUCGGCCUUGAUGCAAUAGUAUCCUUGAUUGUCCCACUGCACGAGCUCAUCUUCAUACGUGGGUAUCUGCCAACCCAGCCGAGCAACACCAAGAUCAAUCCCAAUUGCGAACCGGUACCUGCGUUGCCUGCAGUCAGCAUUGGCAAGACGGAAGGGGUCACACGCCACGCCCAGCAUGAACGGACACGCCCACUCGGCCAAACGCACGGCAGGCUACGACGACAAUGAGACGCGGCUCGACGUGCUCAUCAUCGGCGCGGGUAUCAGCGGGGUCAAUGCUGCCUACCGCGUGCAAACGGAGCUGCCCUCCUCGUCGUACGCCAUCCUCGAAGGCCGCCACGAGCUCGGCGGCACGUGGUCGCAGUUCAGGUACCCCGGCGUGCGCUCCGACUCGGACCUGCACACGCUGGGGUACAAGUUCAACCCGUGGAAGGCGCGCAACCCGAUCGCGACGGGCGACAGCAUCCUCACGUACCUGCAGGACACGGUACAGAAGUUUGACCUCGAGAAGCGCAUCCGAUACCACUCGAAGGUCGCGAGUGCCAACUGGAGCUCCGAGCAGCAGCGGUGGCAGGUCGACGUCGACGUCGGCCGCGGGGACGAGAAGAAGCGCGUCGUGUACUGGGCGAAGUGGAUGAUUCUGGGCGCCGGCUUCUACAGCUACGACACGCCCAUGCACGCGCGCAUCCCGGGCUUGGUGGAGAACUUCGAGGGCCAGACGGUGCAUCCACAGUUCUGGCCGGAAGACCUGGACUACCGGGGCAAGAAGGUCGUCAUCAUCGGCAGCGGUGCCACGGCCAUCACCCUCAUGCCUGCGUUGGUCGAGGGCGGCGUCGGCCACGUGACCCAGCUGCAGCGCAGCCCGAGCUACAUUUUGUCGCUGUCGCAGCCGGGCAACGGCUCGACGCUGCCGUGGUGGCAGCGGGUGCUGCCACAGUGGGCAGUGCUGCGGUGGAAGCGCUUCCAAUUCACCCUCGUGCCCAUUCUGCUGUACUACUUCUGCAUCUACUUCCCCAGCGCCGCGGCCAGCGUCAUCCGUGGCGCCGCCAAGAAGCAGCUGCCCGCCGACUUUCCCAUCGACCCGCACUUCAAGCCUGGCUACAACCCGUGGGAGCAGCGCCUGUGCGUGUGUCCUGAUGGCGACUUCUUUAAGUGCCUGCACGACGAGCGCGCCAGCAUCGUCACCGACACCAUCAAGGAGGUCGUCAGCGACGGCAUCGUGCUCAACAGCGGCGACAAGCUGGACGCCGACAUCAUCAUCACCGCCACCGGCCUCAACCUGCGCUUCCUCGGCGGCAUCGACCUCGCCGUCGACGGCAAGAAGGUCGACGUCCCCAGCGAGUACAUGUGGCGCUUCGCCAUGCUGUCCAACCUGCCGAACCUCGGGCACAUCUUCGGCUACUGGAACGCCUCGUGGACGCUAGGGUCAGACAGUGCGUGUCGCCUAUUCACGCGUGUGAUCAAGCACAUGAACGAGAACGGCUACACGUCUGCGAUCCCCACCAUCACCGACGCGGAGAAGGAGAACCCCCAGAGCCUCAGCCCGCUGAACAGUACCUACGUCAAGGCGAGCACGAGUCGCAUGCCCAAGUGCGGCAACUCGGGCCCCUGGGCGCCGAGGGAGUACUACUUCAAGGACAAGUGGAAGCUGGAGCACUGCGAUUUGAAUGAUGGGAUGCGCUUUGAGAGGGUGAGCACGUGAGUGCUGGAGGUACACAGAUAGCCCAGCACGAGAAUCGCA